GUCUACGGUUAGGCGUCAGGUGAAACUGGAUUUCUAGGUGCAAGAGGGAAGAUACACUUAAUUUGUCUGAACUUUCUGAAAAGUCUGGGCAUUAUUCGACAACUUCUGUGGCAGAGGAUACUUUUAACAUCACGAACCAGCACAUUGCAAAAUGAAGAGCCUGAAGUAUCGAUUGAAAAAGCACGAAGUUACCAUCACAAACACGGAUUGGAACAAGUAUGAUGAUCGGCUGAUGAAGGCAGUGGAGCGCGGAGAAGUGGACAAAGUUGCUUCUGUUCUCAGCAAGAAGGGAAUCAUCCCCACCAAGUUGGACGUGGAAGGACGUUCUGCGUUUCAUUUGGCAGCAACACGGGGACACGUGGAAUGUCUCAGCCUCAUCCUGGGACACAAUGUCGAUAUCACUGCAAGCGAUGCCACCGGUAAAAAUGCUCUUCAUUUGGCUUCAAGAAAUGGGCACUCUGUGUGUGUUCAAAAACUCCUACAGCACAAUUGUCCCGUUGGAAAUGUGGACCUACAAGGGCGAACUGCCUUGCACGAUGCUGUUAUGGCCGGCUGCUCCUCCAGUGUGAAACUUCUCUGCGAUAAAGGGGCUUUUGUGAAUGCCACUGAUUUUGAUGGUAAAACGCCACUGAUACUGGCAACCCAGAUGUGUCAUCCAUACAUUUGUCAGCUGCUGCUUGAGCGGGGGGCUGAUAUUACUCUCCAUGAGAAACAGAACAAGACGCCGCUGAUUCUGGGCUGUGAGUUUGGCUGCAAGGAUGCAGUUGAAGUGUUGCUGAAGAACAAUGCUGAUGUGAAUGCAGUCGACAGCUUGGGUCAUGAUGCUUUUCACUACGCCCGUCUCAGCAGAAACCAGGAGCUCAUUGCUCUGGUCAAAAGUUACCUUGACAAAGCCACCAGAGAUCGAGAGGCUGCAAAGCUGGAACAGUGGAAGAGACAGCAUUCAGUGGAGAGACCAAAGACGGAUCAGAUCAUACAUGACCUGGAAAAGCAGAAUGAAAACCUUCAGGAAAAUCUAAGAAAGUACAACCAGGAGCAGAAAUCUCUUGUAGAUAAGGUCAACAUGCUGCAGCAACAACUCACACAGGAAAAACUGUCUGUGGAAAAUGCCAACAAAGAGAAAGAGCAGCUGAAGGUGUUCCUUACUGCAAAAGAAAGAGAAGAAGCAACUCGAGUUCCAGAAACUGUCAAGGUCCAGCUCCGCAGUGCUUUGGGGGAAUACUCAGGCCAGUCUGUUAUCAAAGGUAAAGAAAACAUUUUAGUCAAACAAGCUCACAGCCUGGAUUCUGACCACAUUCUCCAGAAUCCUGCUGUGUCGCGUUCGCUGUCCAAACCUCUGGAGAGAAGUCAGACUGCAGGAGGUUGGGAACCGUCUGCUGAAGUGGAGGCACUUGGACAUGAACUUGAGAUGGUCAGUAGGAGACAACAAGCAGCGGAGGAAGAGGUGACGCGGCUUCAGUCUGCACUCAACCGCAAAAACCGAGAGUGCCAGGAACUGGCCCAAAGCCGAGACACCGUCCAGAAACAGGCCGACCAGCAAGUGCAAGAACUGGAGGACGCCUUGGGAGACGUCCAGAAGAGGAUGCUGGACUCUGAGUGUAAAGUCAAACAGCUGCAGGCCCAUGUAGUUGCCGUGAAGGAACACUUAGGAGGCCAAGCGGCAGAAGAACUGCGUACCCAGCUCCAGGAUGUGAAGGCCAAGUAUGAAGGUGCUUCAGCCGAAGUGGGUCGUGUUCGUAACCGCCUCAAACAGAGUGAGAAAGCCCUGGAGGAAUAUAAGAGCAGCGAGAGCCAGUUGGCUGUAGAGGCGGACAGGCUGACCCAGGAGCUGUCAGCUCUGUCCGCAGAACGAGAUGAACUUGCAGAAACCUUUUUAGAGAUGGAAACCCAACUGAAAGAAGCGCAGACUAAACAUGGCAACACGGUGCCAGCUGAGAAGUUUGAUAACAUGAAAAACCUGCUGACCAACGCCGUCGAUGAGAAGGAACGGCAGAUCGCCGAGCUGAGGGAAGACUACGAUCGUGUGCUGGAAGAGGUGGCAGAGCUCCAUAGAAAGCUAGACAGUCCCUCGUCCCAGGGAGGGUCAGGGGUGAUAUCUGUAGAGGAGCAUCACAGGAUACGAGCAGCUCUGGAAGAACAGAGCGCCUCACUGAAAAGGAAACUGAUGGAUGUGACUGCCAGGAGCCAAGAUCUGAUCCAAGAGGUGAAGGAGAGUGAAGAGGAGAGGGAUCUGCUGCGAGAUCAGGUGGAUGAGCUCAGCAGCAGGAUUGAGAAUGACUUUAUACUCGUGAACGAGCACGAGGAAGUUAGAAAAAACAUGGUAGCAGCUCUGGAGGACCUCGAGGACAAACUAGUGGAAGCCAGUGAACGUUACGGAAAAGCAGAGGCACAAGUCCAGCUGCUUCAAACCGAGAGAGUCACACUGCAGGAGACCAUCGGUAAUCAAAACAGCUUCUGUGAGAAACAUGAGGGGGACAUGGAGGCUCUGGGGUCUCAGAACGCUGACCUGGUGAAGAAACUUGAACUUAUUCAGAACAAAUGUGAAGACGGAGAUAAAGAAUGUGAAGAGCUGAGGGAACAGCACCAGACCCUGAAGCAGAGUGUGGAGGAACAGUAUGUUCCCAGACAGCAGCACGAGCAAGUGAAGAUCGAGUUGAGUUCCACCGUAGAAAGUUUGAAAGCCGAGAUGUCGAAGUUGGAAACCAAGGAAAAAGAAAGUGGGAAAGAACUUAAGAAUUUGAAAGAAGGAAAUGAGAAGUUGAAAGAUGAAUUGGAAAAGGUUAUGUUGGAGAUGAAAAAAGAUUAUAUAAGUAUAGUGGACUACAAAGCUGCCACGGACAAGCUAAAUGCUGCUGUAGCUGAGGCGGACAGUCGAGCAAAUGAAGGAUCAGCACAGCAUGUCCUGGCUCAGGAGGAAAUAAUAAAGCUCAAUCAAGAACUGGAGGCCCAGAAGAAAGAACUGGAUACCAUACAGGAGGCUAUUCAGUCCAAGUUUGUCCCACUAACAGCGGCUGAAGAGAAGGAAACCUCUUACAGCGCCCACGUGAAGGAGCUCACAGACAAGCUGUCGGAUAUGGAAGAGAAGUAUAAUAAAGAGAGGCUGGCCGUGGAGGGCACCGUACAGGAGAAAGAGAAUCUGAAAGUGGAGAUGGAAUCGGUUCAGCAGAGACUUGACAGUGCUCUGGUAACCAGUGAGAAGCACAAAGGAGAAGAGGAAGAGUAUAAGACUAAAUAUGAAGAAAUGGCCCAGACGUUGAUCAGUUUACAGCAGCAGAACCAGGAGGUGACACUUGAGAAGACGGAGCUGCAAGAGCAGAACUCUCUCUGCAACACUCAGAUGCAGAAUCUCCAGGAGCGCCUGAAAGCAGAGCUGACUCGCAUCGCAACUUAUGACACCGAGCUUAAAACCCUUCACGAUGCCAUGCAGCAAGCUCAGGCUGAUUGCAAGAAAGCAAAAGAGGCUCAGCGGGAGGAAGUCCAGAGGGUUUGUGCCCUACAGAAAGACCUGGAGGAGCAGCGCAGGGAUCAAACUUCUGCACUGCAACAACACACCACGGCCAAAGAAGCCCUGGAGGCUGAAGUCACUACGCUUAAGAUGACUCUCCGCGAAGAGGAGGAGAGCAACGCCCAGAGAGCUGAGGAUGUAUCCGCCCUGCACUCUGAGCUCUUGCAAGCCACGCAGGCUCUUGAAGAGCAUCGCUAUAAAGAAGACCAAAUGAACCAGCUGAAGAAAAGGCGGCAGCAGCUGGAGGAGGAGGCUGCUGACAUGAGCAAUAAGAUGCUGAGCUUAACACAAGAGAGAGAAGAGGCCCAUCAGGAGGCAACACAAGCCAGAGAGGACGAGAGACGGGCCAGGACAGAGAUGGAGACCGUCCAGGAAAAAGGACGUGCCAUUGAGAGAGAAAUUGGGGAGCUGAAAGAGAGAUAUGAUAAAUCACUCAGCACCAUCUGUGAUCUUCAGAAAAGGAUUCAGACAUCGGCUCAGCAGACUGAGGCCAAAGACAAAAAGAUCACAGAGUUGCUGACAGAUGUGGAACGAUUGAAGCAGGCACUCAACGGUCUGUCGCAACUGGCUUACACGAGCAACACGCCCAACAAGAGGCAGACGCUGCAGAUCGACACACUUCAAACUCAGAUCAAAAACCUACAGCAACAGCUGGCUGAUGCUGAGAGGCAACACAGAGAGGUGGUUUCAAUUUAUCGGACUCAUCUUCUAAGUGCAGCACAGGGCCACAUGGAUGAAGACGUCCAGGCCGCCUUACUACAGAUCAUCCGCAUGAGACAGGAGUUUGUGUGCUAAAGCUUCAAAACACCUGCUGACUCAAACUCACUGUUGUCACAUCCUUCUCUGUCAAAUGUUUGUGCUGUGGCCCCUGGGGGCGCCCAGCGUGUGAGUGUGUGUGUGUGUGUGUGUGUGUGUGUGUGUGUGUGUGUGUGUGCGUGUGUGUUUGUUUGUGUGUGUGAGAUGUCAAAUUUCCCCCAAAAACCCUUUCUGAAAUCUUUUUUUUCUAGUGUUCCUGCAGUUUGAUUCCCAGACAUUUCAGUCUCAGUGCUGCAGUUACGGAUGAGUAGCUGCAGUUUUUAUUGGUGCAAAUGUGUAUUUUCUACUUGAGCAAGACUCAACUCGCAUCAAAAUGUCAUUGUAUUAGUUCAAGCUUUAAACAGAUCUAUGAAAACGCCAUCGCAUAUGAAUACAUUUUAGUUCAUUCGCUUCAGAUUUUUUAUAAAUGUUACAAAUCUGUAUUUUAUUUAGCUUUGACCCAUUAUCUUCAGUAAUGUGGAAGUUAUUUGAAAUGUGGGUUUCUUCCGUAGAUAAUUGAGCUGAAACGAAAACUGGACAUGAACACAAAGACCACUUUUCACAUUCCCACCUGACAGUCGGCCUUCAUGCAGUGUUUUCAUAUUUAACAGCAAUGUUUGCCAGAAUUGCAAAAGGACUGGUUCUUUACACACAUAUAUUUUUAACUCAGCUGCCAUGUGCACACUGAAGGAAUUACCAGGUGCCGUAUCUGUUCCUGCAGACGAUACAGUGACUGACUAAACUGGUGAAACAAGCAGUCAUACAUUUAUAUUAACAUACAAAAUUAAUCUAAUGAUAUGUGACCAUUAAAAGGUAUUUAGCUGAAACAGAUUAUAAGAGAAGAUGACUACAUUUUUUUUUUUUUGUUUAAGUAAAGAUCAACAUUUCGCCUUUGGUCCUUGGCUGUUUUUAAAAAGUACUAAAACCUGCCGUUAAGUGAAAAUAAAAAUACUUUAAAGUAAACUAAAUAAUUUUAGAUUUUAUUUCAUAAUUGUACUUUUGUUUCU